CCCCCCCCCCCCCAAUUCAGCAUCAUCCCCGUGAGCAGGCUCUCACAAUCUCCCAGGACGGGGCUGAGGCAGAGUCUUCGCUCUAUUCUCCCUAACUGUCCCUUCUUCCUUCCCCUUUGCCACUUAGCAGUUAUCCCCAGCCAUGCCUUCUCCCUCUUUCCCUUGCCCUGACAUAUAUUGUGCCUUAUUUAUGCUGCAAAUAUAACAUUAAACUAUCGAGAGAACCACUGUUAUGUCUGAUACUUCAGUACUCUGAUCUACACAUCUCAUUAUCCACUCUCUGGGAAACCAUUGGACUUCCAUGUCAGAUUUUCCUCACUCUCCCAUUCCUUUGAACAAAAGGAGCCAAUAUUCUUAUCCCUCCUUUUUAUGCAGUAAAGACAGUCUAGAGAAGGUGGGUGGUUUAUGUAAAUUAUAUAACAGAAAGCACAGGGGCCAGCGCUCAGAUCUGUGCAGGAGACAAGGGCCCUCAUCAGAGCCCUCACUAGAGGACUUGUGUGGCUCUGUGAGGGUGAGGGGUGGCAUGGUGUUCAAAGGCAAGUGUCCUCUUCUUACCUUUCAGUGUUUUGUCCCCACCCAUUCCCAACAAUUAAAAAAAAAAAAGCGUACAACGUGACGGGAAUACACAGAAACCAGAAGAAAAGCUUUCUAUGAUUCUGAGUUCUAGGGUGUGGGGGCACUGGUUAGAAGCAGGUAAGAGAGUUGUCAAGACAAAGAGGUAAUACUUAGGAACCAUAUGAGUACGGAGGUGUAGGGCAGUUGCUACUAAUUGCACCUGUGUAUUCCUCAAUAAUUAUCACGAGGAGAGUAAGCCAGACUGAAGAACUUAACCAGGAAGUAGCAGGUACCUCUGAGGAUUUCCCAGUAGGAGAGAAAUUAUCUAAGAAGCUUUCUGUGGCUGAUGUUUGGUAUAAUUGACACAAGUAAGGAAACUGAGUCUCCUUAGGGGUCUCUUAGGUAGUGAUCUUCAUUGUAUUGUGGUCAGGAACACGUGGGGGUCCAGAGAAGGGUAAGAAAGGGAGUUACUGAAGGCCAGAUACUAAAACCGAGAUUAAGAGAGUUGGGAGGUGGAGAUAAAAGCGGGGCAGUUUCCCAUGUUAGCAGAAUUAAUCCAUUUCAACUACUAACCAAAGGAGAGACCAGUCACCCCUAUCCUGGACACAGGAAGCCAGCUAGAUACUCCUCCUUUCUUGAUGCAGCCUCAGCUCAGACUGUUGUGCUUGGUAAUCAGAAAAAUAGUAGAGGGAGAAGCAGCAGAGUGGUAAACAUUCACUGAGCGUCUGCUUUGUGCUAGAUGGAACGCUAGAUGCUUUGCAUCAUUUAUUGUUCACAGCAGCUUCUUGGUAAGAGGAGUAGUUGCCUCAUUUUAUUGAUGACGAAGUGAGGUUAGGUUAAGAUACUUGCCAAAGGCACACAUGAAGUGCCAGGGGCUGGGAUUAAAACUGAGUUCUGUCUGACUCUAGAGCCACUCUUUGCAGUGCCCCACCCACCCUCUGCUCCUCUGGACUUCAGUCAGAUGAGAGCACAGGGACCUCACUGUGGGGCAGGAUCCACUUCCCACAGAAGAGCCAUCUACUUAUGAUUUUAGCACUCCAUUUUUAGAAGUAGUGAAACUAGAAGAUAUAAUGAGGAAUGUUAGGUUCUGUGCUUGGGACCAGCCAUGAGACAUAGCUUACAGAAAGGUUCACCCUAGUUUAGGUUGCAUGAAUGGAAAUGUAUCUAGAACGUCCAGAUCACAACCUGCUCCGAUCUGUCUACCCCAAGUACAAAUUGGUUUAUAAAUGCCUUACUUGAAAGAGGUGGGGGUGGACGGAACAUGUCCCCUUGAACAAAAAAAAAGACUACAGAGUAAAAUGAAGUGUCUUCAAACCUGAGAAAGGCUUGUAUACAUCAAAGAAUCCAGAGAUGUUCUGUGAGACAAUGAGGCAAACUAAGACCCCCCCCCGGUGGAGGCCACAAGGAGACGGAAACCAGCUCAGUGCAAGGAUAAAUCUGUCUGGAGACUCUCAGGAGAUGGUAAGUUCCUGGGACUCACGUGUAUGAGGCUCCUCACGCCAGUGUUUUCAGGACACUUGCUUUGUGUCAAAUCUUGUACUUAAUGGAUGACCAAAUAGUAUCUCAAAUAAUGCUUACCCUAGGAAGUAGUUCAUUUUAAUGUUGCCGUGUUUUAGGUGACAAAACUGUAGUUUAGAGAGGUAGACAGCUUGCCCGAGGCUGAUUCAUAGGCUACAGAACCACUCUGCAUGGAUCUAGGAUCAGAUGGGAAAGGGCACCGGAGGACCUUGAAGGACCCCUUCCUGGGAGUCAGGUCUUUCCCAAGGCUGAUUCUAGUCUCCUGCCCCAGUAGGUCACAGCCAGGCGAAGGUGGGGGUGACUAGAGGGAGGUGGACAGAAAAAUAGUCCCACUCCAGUGUUCUGCCCCUGCCUGUCUGGAACUCCUUAAAAUCAGGACCUUAGAUCCUCCAUCCGUCUGACUCUUCAUAGAGCUCUAUUCCAGAAAAAGGAAAUGGCUGGACCUGGCAGUGUGGAGCUGUGACCACAGGGUGGCAGCAGUGCCCCAGCUGCAGAGGAUGGCUCCCUAGGCCCAGGUGAGGCAGGUCCUAAGCCGUUCUCCGGAGUGAAGAUGGAGUUCAUCUACAAGGAUUUCUUUUAGCUUCCUUAUGUAUCUAACUUUUCUUUCCACAGGCAAAUCUCAGAGUAGUGACUCCCUUUGUAACCCUCCAAGAGGCACAUUUGAAACAGGUGCGAAUGGGCUGGGUGACCCUGACUGCAACCCCAGCCAGGGGAGAAAGCAGGCUGUGUCAUCCCGACCGACUCUGACCUGGGCUCUUUCCCCCACUCUCUCUGUUUCAGGACACAAUACCUACCUAGCCCUUCCUGACAGGACUUUAUUUAUGCUUUUAUUCUAUAAGUUAGAAAAGAGAGGAGGUGAUCAAUUGGAGCUCUCCAACCUGUUGAGGGAUUGGGCGUUCUUAAACGCCCCCUAGGGCCUGGCUCUGACAAAGCAUCUGCAAUUAAUGAUGCUUCUUGAGCUCUGGAGACAGGAUUUAUGCAUCUAAUAAAGUCUGUAACUUCAGGCUUAGGGGCUGGGAGCAGGAAAUCCCGGAGGGGCCAUGGGAGGGGAUCCCAGGGGCUCUUAAUGGAGCAGUGCAUUUCCAUUGCCUGCUCUGUAUUUCCCCUCAGGCUGCUGUGGGGUGGGGGACAGGGGCACAGCAGGUAUAAGAGGCAGAGGUGGCUGUCGGAAGGCAGAUGACAGCAUGGAUUCCAGGCAGGCAGCAGUGCUGCUGGUGGUGCUGCUUUUAAUAACAGACUGGGGCCACGCUGGAGAACCAAGCGACCUGGAUGGAGGUCAGAUCUUCACGGAGGAAGACCCUGGACCCCUCCCAGCACAAGAUUCUGAGACCACUAGGUCACUCUUGCUCUCCCUGCUCCAGACCAUGCAGAGACCCAGCCGGAGCUCAGCCUUCCUGUUUCAGCCCCAGAGGUUCGGCAGAAACACCUGGGGCUCCUGGAGGAACAAACGGCUGAGCACCCGAGCUGGGGAGGGGCUGAGCUCCCUGUUCUGGAGUCUGGCUGCCCCUCAGCGCUUUGGGAAGAAAUGACAAGUCAUCAUCCCUUGAUAUGUUUGCAUGCAAGGCCCACACCCAAAAAUGCAUGUGUGCCCCGCCCCAUCAAAUAAAGCUGCCUGGCUUCU